AUGGCUCCCUCACGCAACUCGCUGAAGCGUACGCUUCUCCUGUCCACGUUCGCCACCCUCUCCCUCUUCUCGGCCACGGGCUUCGCGCAGGACAACACGAGCGGGGGAGAUGCUCAAACGAGCGCCCAAACGAGCGCCCAGCAAACGUCGCAGGCGGCUUCCUCAAACCAGGAAGACGCCCAGCCGACACGCACAACCCAGACGGCCGCCGUCAUCACCAACACGGGUGCUGUUGCGACCACGAACGAGGUCAUCAGCGCUCCUAGGAUCACCGGCAGCGGGGAGACGGGAGGCGAGGUCCUCACGGGGUUCCCGUCCCUCACCAACGCGCCUAUCGUGACGACGUACCCGCCGCCAACUGUCCCUCCCACCAACAAUGCUCCCUAUAUGCACAGGUCCAGCGCCCCUCAGGGAACCGUCUUCAUCGCUGUUGGUGCCAUUCUCGGCGCCUUUGGCCUCGGCAUCCUGAUUUGGCGCGGCAUCGUCGCCUGCCUGCUGCACCGCUCAGUCGCCCGGGCCGCCAACGCUCAGCACCUUGCCAACGACAAGGCGAGCUUCCCCGCCCCUCCGGCUCAGUUCUACAAGUACACCGACCGCGAAUCAACUCCUUCCCUAGUUCCCAAUGCCGGACGUGGUGUGCGUAGAACGCAGCGCGGCCCCAUCCCCUCGGCCACCCCGAGCCAGUCGAACCUCUUCUUUUCGCCAACUGCAGCCGGCGGUGGUAAUAACAACAACUCGACCAACGCCCGCGACUCUCGCUUUCUGCCUUCUGGAUUCUAUGCCGCCGCCACGUCGUCUCCCAGCCCUGCUCACGGUCACUCAAUAAGCUUGACGAACCUCCGUCCCGAAUCCCGAGGCCAGUAUGGUAGCCGCAACACGCUGAGGGAGUCUACGCCUCCCGACUCGCCUUCCUUUGGGGCCAGACGUGACUUGAGCACCAGCUCGGUCAACCUGUCUGCAGCCCCUGGGAAUGGCCAAAGAGCACCGAGCGCCUACCUCGAGGACCUCCUGGACGAGAAUCCCCACGCCUUCCCGCCAAGCUCGAUGCGCCCCGGGUCUCGCAAUGCCAACCACUCUCCUGGCAGUCGGUUCUAG